UUCCAUCACCGAGGAGGCUACCACGCUUUUAGCAAAACCACCCACAACUCUCCCAGUAGAAUCUCGGCAGAUCCCGGCAACGGCACCCACCCUCUCGCCUUCGACGAUUGACCCGUCGAUGUUUAGUUUUAAUCCGCCGGUCUCUGGAGGAGUCCACGAAACAGGUGAGUUCCCCUUUCGCUUUUCUCUGUUGAUCACUUUGGGGUUCCAACGCUUGAAGUUUUUGUCUAAGGCACAUGCUUCGUCGACUAUCAAGCUUGGAUCUGGACUUCGAUUCUGAAAGAUGACUCUGUUUCGAGCCAACCAAAUUUUCCACAAUACCCCGGCGACCAGCUCAGGUGACGUCGCAAAGUAAGAAGAGAUGCUCCACUGACUCAGGGGUUUGGCUGCAAACAGGGCAAAGGGGAUCUGGCGUUAUUGUUCUCUUGCACAGGUUCUCACGAGUUGUGUGCUUCCUGAUGAAUGUCUUCAAGCAGGUAUUACCGGCCAAACGCCGUAUUGCCGGUGCCUUCAAGUAUGGUGCAGCAUUCUCCUUAUGCUUCCGCCGCUCGUCCUCGGAUACCGUCAUGGAGGUUCAUUCUCAAGAGCAGGAAGUCAUAAUCGCUCUAGGCAGCAAUGUGGGUGACAGACUCAACAAUUUCAACGAAGCUUUGGACUUGAUGAAGAAGUCUGGUCUACGCAUUACAAGGCAUGGUUGUUUGUACGAGACAGCGCCUGCUUAUGUCACCGAUCAACCUCAGUUUCUGAACUCUGCAGUGAGAGCCGUCACAACUCUCGCUCCCCAUGAAUUACUACACCAACUUAAGAAGAUCGAAAAGGACAUGGGUCGCACAAAUGGGAUCAGGUAUGGCCCGAGGCCAAUUGACCUGGACAUAUUGUUCUAUGGGAAGUUUAGAAUUAACUCUGACACACUUGUAGUCCCUCAUGAGAGAAUAUGGGAGAGACCAUUUGUGAUGGCUCCGCUGAUGGAUUUGAUUGGAUCAACUGUUGACAGUGAUGUAGUGGCGUCUUGGCAUUCUCUGUCGAUGCAUUCAGGCAGUCUUUAUGAAUCGUGGAAUAAACUGGGUGGUGAAUCUUUGAUUGGGAAGGAAGGACUCAAAAGAGUUUUACCUAUAAGAAAUGACCUCCUUUGGGACUGGUCGGAGAGAACAUUUGUGAUGGGUGUUCUCAACCUAACGCCAGAUAGUUUUAGUGAUGGAGGGAAGUUCCAAAGCGUGGAAGCUGCGGUUUCCCAGGUCCGUUUGAUGAUUUCGGAGGGGGCAGAUAUGAUUGAUCUCGGGGCCCAAUCUACCAGACCUAGGGCAGAUCGGAUUUCUCCAAGAGAAGAAUUAGAGAGAUUGAUUCCAAUUUUAGAAGCUGUCCUGGAAAUGCCUGAGAUGGAGGGGAAGCUCAUCUCCAUUGACACAUUUUACUCGGAAGUCGCUUCAGAAGCAGUGAGCAAGGGGGCACAUAUCGUAAAUGAUGUAUCCGCAGGGACGUUGGACAACAACAUGAUUCCUGUUGUCGCUGAUCUUAAGGUUCCUUAUGUUGCGAUGCACAUGAGGGGGGAUCCGUCUACUAUGCAAAAUAGAGAAAACCUCCAAUACGACGAUGUGUGCAAGCAGAUUGCAUCCGAGUUGUUUACUAGAGUGAAAGAUGCCGAAUUAUCUGGUAUACCAGCUUGGAGAAUAAUCGUGGACCCAGGAAUCGGAUUCUCAAAGAACACUGAACAUAAUGUGGACAUCCUCGUGGGAUUACCAGCCAUUCGAGAAGAACUUGCGAGAAAAAACUUGGCUCUCUCUCAUACCCCUUUACUGAUAGGUCCUUCUAGGAAAAGAUUUCUAGGUGACAUUUGCGCUCGUCCGAUUGCCCCGGAGCGCGAUGCAGCAACGGUUGCUGCUGUCACUGCCGGAGUACUUGGUGGUGCAAAUAUCGUAAGGGUUCAUAAUGUCAGAGAUAACUCAGAUGCUGUGAAGCUCUGUGAUGUGAUGCUGAAAAGGAGGAGCUCCACUGCAUAGUACAUCCGGCCUGCUUCUGUCCAUCGAUUUAGGGUGUGUAUUUUUCGGGAAAACUUCGUGAUAAUGGAAAAUGCUUUUCGAGAAAUUUUAUAUAGACAUUUUCUCAUUUUCAGGUUAGGGAAUUCAUUUUCCUAACUUUAAGCA